GGUGUUGGAAGGAAUGAAUUAAUAAGACGUGUAGAUUGGUUAAAAGCCGCAAUUUUGGCCAAAGGAGGGCGUGUUAAAGAAUUUGGCGGUAUGAGUACUGCAGAGAUUGUCGAUCGUGCAGUGGCUGUGUUAAAAGAUUUGAUCAAGGAGAGGAAAGAUUUAUUGGAACCUGUAUUUUAUGCGGAGAAAAGAUUCGAAUUAAGCUUUUACCGUAACCAGCAAGGCGGUGCCAAGCCAAAACAACGUUUAGAUAUUGAAACUCUUUUAACAGAAGUAGAGUUUCUUUCUCAGUUACUCAAGGGAGAAUUUGUGUAUAGACCUGGUGAAAUUAAGAAUAAUAUAUAUAAAACCUUAAUAGGAUUGAAGAAUGAUAAUGUGCUUAAUUAUUGUGAUAAAUAUGUGGAAUUAUCUGAUGCCGAAAGAGCUAUUGGAAGAGAAAAUUAUGGAGAUCUUUCUUAUUUUGAGGCAGUGAACAAGGAAACGUUAAAGAAUGCAUUUAUUUACCUGGAAGAUGCUGGUGUCAUCAUGGUAAAGCGAAGCCGAAAUGUUAAAAUACAGCCCACUAUUGCUUUAGCACCUGAUUUUGUACCAACAAGGAACUUUGAUGGAGUCAUAGAAGCUAAAGGAGAACUGUGGAAUUUAGUUGAAAAAAUUGGAAAAUUUCGAAGGGAAGGAAAAAAUCGUAGAGAUAAUGCUACAGUUAGUUCAAGAGUGUUGAAGUUAGCAGAGAUGGUAGGCACUCCAACUACAGCUGAUUUUGAAAAGUCAUUAUUACCACAUUUUCAUGAUGAACUUUGA